UGUCCAAUAGAAAAGUGUCAUCGUUUCCGAACGAAAACAAACCGCAAUCCGCUGCUAAGUUCACGUUGAGGUUCUUUCAAUUUCCUCUCCAAAAAAUUGACACAAGAAAAUGUCUAAAAGAGGACGUGGUGGUUCCGCGGGAGCGAAGUUCCGCAUCUCGCUGGGUCUCCCAGUGGGAGCCGUAAUAAACUGCGCAGACAACACAGGUGCAAAGAACCUGUAUGUGAUAGCUGUGCAAGGUAUCAAAGGUCGCCUGAACAGAUUACCAGCUGCUGGAUCUGGAGACAUGAUCGUAGCCACAGUAAAGAAAGGCAAACCAGAACUUAGGAAAAAGGUAAUGCCAGCAGUGGUGAUCAGGCAGCGGAAGCCUUUCAGGAGGCGGGACGGGGUGUUUAUAUACUUUGAGGACAAUGCGGGGGUCAUAGUCAACAACAAGGGUGAAAUGAAGGGGUCCGCCAUCACGGGCCCUGUCGCCAAGGAGUGCGCCGACCUGUGGCCGCGUAUCGCGUCCAACGCGAGCUCAAUAGCUUGAGAAUAAUAUAUGCCUAAGGAAA